GUACCCCCGACAUCCUCGGAUGCAUCAGAGCAGGUAUCGUCUACCAUCUUCAUAGGACGAUCGGUAUCGAGAAGAUUGCUGCUGCUGAACAUAAAAUGGCCGAUCAUUUAUAUAAAAGGCUUCAGUCCCACAGCAAGAUUCAUAUACUCGGGCCCAAGGCAAGCUAUACCCGUUCUAUUGCUUUUGACGAUCGUCUUAGGAUCGUUCUCACUAUACCUCCAUUAUAACUUUGUUGCGGCCGUCCUAAACGAUUUGUUUGGCAUUCAAGCUAGGGGUGGCUGCGCUUGUGCUGGACCGUAUGCGGAAACCAUUCUCGGUCUCAGUGCUGAAAACGCCACCAAGUUCGAAGAAGCUGUCG